AUGAGUCAGGAUAAAACCCAAGUCCUCUUUCAGAAUCCGGAGUCCUUAACUUGCAAUGGGUUUACUAUGGCUCUCCGAAGGUCCUCUCUCAGCAGGCGACUCUCCCAGUGCCCAGUGGUUACGCCCAAGCCUAAGAAAGGACCACCUUCUAAGAAGCAGCAGUGUAGUCAUGACACCCAGGAUGAUAGGGUGGUAGAGCACUCAGAAAAUGAUUCAGUCCCUAGCCAAGACCCUGUCACAUCCCCAGACACAGAGAACAUCAUUGAUGAACAGGGCAUGUGUUUAGCUGAAGGUGAGAUCCAAGAGCUAACCCAGUCUUGGCCUCAAAGGGUAGAAGAUUCCCAAAGCUAUGCUUCUACAUAUGAGAGCCCUGCAACAGAUAUCCUUUCUGGGCCAGCUGAAGGGACACACUGUGAAGGACUACUCCCCCAUCAGUCGUCAGGUGAUGUUGACACUUCCCCUCAGGAGUGCCCGCCUUUGCCCCAAAGAUCAACUCCCGAAGUCACCUCUCAGAAAAACAUCAGCGCUCAGUUUGGAGACUUGGAGGCGCAAGCUGACUCUCUUAAGGUAUCAAAUCCUCUGAACCCCAUGGGAAGUGAACAUAGUUGCUUUCCCACCUCCAGUUUUAAGAUCCUACCUGAAUUGGACCUUAAAAACUGCACCUCUCUUGAUGGGUCUAUAUAUCCCGCAGCUCUGGUAAAAUUCCUCUUGGCAGGCACACAGCCAGAUACCCUUGGUGCUAAACUCCAAGAAGAAACCCUCAAAACUAACCCAGACCAAGGGGGCUGCUACCCAGAUCAAUUUCUGGAUGCCACCUCUGCCUUAGGACAGGCUUUCAGUACUCUCUCACCUCAGUGGGGAUUUCCUGAUGCUAACUUAGUUUCUGGUGAAGCCCUGGGCAAGGUCUCCGACUCACCAGAGGAUCUUGGUGCUAUUACUAUGCCAAACCAGCAAGAAGCUAUGAAUGUGGAUAUGGGAGCUUCCCCAGACCUGCCUAUCUUCCUUCCUAAGCCUCCAAACACAGUUGCUACCUACAAUACUCCCGGGCCCGAGCCCCACAGCUAUGCCUCCUGUGGGUUUGAGGUCCAAGGUGCUAUACCUUUAACUUUGGACUCAGGACAUGCUCCCCAACCGCCACCAAACUCUGAGUUAAGUUCAAUACCUCCAGUAAUAGCUGCAAACAGUCUACAAGAUGACAAGCAGGCCUGUGCGAGCCCUUUUCCAGUGAACACACAAGGGUUUGCAAUGGUCCCUGAGAAUGGACUCCAGCAUACGCCGAUGGAUCUUACCCAGUGCUCUCAGGCUGCCCCCAGCAAAUUGGAAGGAGGGAUUUCUCAGGUCCACUCAACCAGCUCAGCUGAUGUCAAAACCACAGGGAUGUCUCUACCAGCGUCACAGGCCAGUGCCUCUUCUCUUUCUCAUAAGUCUACGCCGCCAACUGGGGAGAAGAGGAAACGCAAGCCCUGCGGGAUCUGCGAGCCCUGCCAGCAGAAGACCAACUGUGGCGAGUGUACCUACUGCAAGAACAGAAAGAACAGCCACCAGAUCUGUAAGAAGAGGAAAUGUGAGGUGCUCAAAAAGAGGCCCGGGAAGAUUCUUCCCAUGGAAGUCAUUCAGAAGAACAAAAGGCCAUUUAAAUAAAAGAGGCCUGACUACCUUAGAGCUGCCUUUAACAUCAAACCAGUAAAUGGCCCCCAAUCAGAGUCCAUGGAAUACAGACAAUGUGGUCAUGGGGAAGAAGAGCAGAGAUUGGGUUUAAUCACACAUCCCCUUGAAAAUGUAGGGGGAAAUGCAGAAAACAUGACGGGAGUCGAAGUGGAGAAAUGGACGCCAAGCCAGAAAUCACACCUAGCAGGUCAAGUCACGGGAGGCCUCGAUGCAAAUUUCACUGAGGUUGGGAAUUCCCCACCCCCUGAGGAUGACAAACAGCAAACCCAACCGUCCCCAGUGUUUGCUCCAACCGCAAGAAACGGCAUGAAAAAUGUGCACUGUUUACCAAACACCAACACCAACCUUCCGGUCAAGAAAUUGGAUCUUGAAGAAAUUAGCAAGGUAUUGGGAAACGAUUCCUCUAAAUUGCUGACGGACCCCUCAAACUGCAACGAUGCCAUGAACGCCGCCGCCAUCACUUCCGCUGGGGGUUGUGAUCAUCUCAAGGGGCCGAGUAACAUCUUGCUCUUCCAGAAGCCCGGCUUGACCUGCAGAUCUGGUGCAGACUCCACCAUCUUCAACAACCACCCUAAUACACACAAUGCUGGUAGUCAACUCCAAACCCCCGAGAAGGCACCUAGUAAAGAACCAAAAGAUGACUCUCCGGUUCAGCCGAGUCUUCUGUCUCUCAUGAAAGACAGGAGGUUAACCCUGGAACAAGUGGUGGCCAUAGAAGCCCUUACUCAGCUCUCAGAAGCUCCAUCCGAGAAUUCCUCACCAUCAAAGUCAGAGAAGGAUGAAGAAACAGACCAGAGAACGGCUAGUCUGCUUAACAGUUGCAAGGCUAUCCUCCAUUCUGUGAGAAAAGACCUCCAAGACCCAAACUUACAGGGGAAGUGUCUUCAGCACCAGGACACUGUCAUCUUUAAUGGCCAGAACACAGCGUUCAAGUUGCCUGAUAGUUCAGCUACUAUCCAAGCACUUAUAAAGUCACAUGAACAGUCGAAUUCACUGACAGCUGAUAGGAAAUGCAUUGCUGGAGGCAAACUUAACCUUGAUAGUUCUAAGAAUUCAUACCCAUUGCCAGUAGAAAGUCAUAAUCCAGAAAACUGCAGUCAGGCACUAAACGGGGAUCAAAAGUUCAAGUCCCAGCAUGAUCCAUUGUGCCAGGAUGCACCAUACAGUCAAAUUGAAGAAGAUGUCGCAGCACAAUUAACCCAGCUUGCAUCCACAAUUAAUUGCAAUCACAUAAGCCCAGUAGUCGAGAAUGCUGGAAGUACACCAGUGAGCCUUGCUGCAAAGAAUGCACAUCAAAAACAUAGUCAGGAGAAAGGCAUGGCACAAAAGAAACCACCUUCAAGUGUACAAAACAAAUCUAACGUACCACCAGCAAAGCCAAAGAAGAAGACCCGGAAAAAAGCAAAACCAACCCCCAAAGCAGACAAGCGGAAAAAGGAGCCCCCAGUCCUUAGCUCUCAAGAAAAUGAGCAGAAGAAGCAGGAGCAACUUGCAACCCAGUAUAGUAAGAUGUAUGAGAUUUGGAUGUCAUCUAAAUUUCAAAGAUUUGGCCAGUCUGGUCCACACGAUGUUCCUCUCCUGUUGGGAGCUAUUCCUACCAUUGAUCAGAUAUCAACAGCGAUGGCUCCUCACAGCAUAUCCUUACAACACAACACUUUAUUUCCUCCUCUCAGUCAGAUAACAUUCACAAGACACUCGGAAUUGGCAAAGGAGAAAGUGAAAGUCGAGCCACCAGAUUCUCUACCAACAUGCCAAUUCAAGACAGAACCCAGCGGGCAGGCAAUUGCAGAGUCGGCAGACAAUUCUCAGGUACAGCCCUCGGUGAAUGUCAGUGAGAACGCUCACCCUCUGCCGCAGCCCUCUCCAUCUAACCAGUGUGCUAACACGACGCCUGGUGCUACUGAGACACCGUCUCAUCUAGGCACUCCAGAGAACCUGGUGCACCAGAUCCCACCAACGUUGCCUGGUACCACUCCUCUGCUAAACGCAACAACCAGCUCCGUGAGAGCGACUUUGUUAAGUUUCGAUAAUAUUUCAGAUGUGACUGUGAAGCAUGAGGCAGGGGCAUCAAGUGACAGACCACUGGGCGACUCCGCCACCCACAGGGCGCAGGCGGAAUUUAAUGAGCGCAUCAUGACUCUGCUUAGUGAGCCUAUCAGGGUGCUGCUAGCCGGAGGGAGUGACUCAGAAGAGCCAACCUGUCACUGUAAUGAUGGAGGUACACAAAAAGACAAAGGCCCAUAUUAUACACACCUGGGGGCAGGACCAAGUGUUGCUGCUGUCAGGGAGCUCAUGGAGACUAGGUUUGGCCAAAAGGGAAAGGCUGUCCGGCUUGAGAAGAUAGAGUACACGGGGAAAGAAGGGAAGAGUUCCCAGGGCUGCCCCAUCGCCAAGUCUGUGCUUAGGAGAAGCGGUCCUGAUGAGAAGGUUCUCUGCUUGGUCCGGGUGCGUGUAGGCCACACCUGUCAGACAGCAGUGAUGGUCGUGGUUAUCAUGCUGUGGGAAAUCAUCCCUCGCCCAAUGGCCGACUAUCUGUACAAAGAGCUCACGGAGAACUUAAGGUCCUACAGCGGGCAUCCUACUGACCGAAGAUGUACCCUCAAUGAAAACCGCACAUGCACCUGUCAAGGCCUCAAUCCAAAGACAUGUGGAGCAUCUUUCUCCUUUGGCUGUUCGUGGAGCAUGUAUUUCAAUGGCUGUAAGUUUGGCAGAAGCCGAAACCCCAGAAAAUUCAGACUUGCUCCAAACCAUCCAUUAAACAGCUACUAUAAGAGAAUCACUGGAGUCCGUUUUGUCAAAAGAAGACGUGUGAAGCCCGUGAGACCUGGACGGAUGGUUCCAGAACACAAGGCCCUGGAAAAAAGGCUUGAAGACAUGUUACAGGGCUUGGCGACGAAUUUAGCUCCAAUUUAUAAGCAGAUGGCUCCGGUUGCUUAUCAAAAUCAGGUGGCAUAUGAAGAUGUUGCUGGAGACUGUCGACUGGGUUACAAGAAAGGCCGUCCUUUCUCUGGUGUUACCUGUUGCAUGGAUUUCUGUGCCCAUUCUCACAGGGACAUUCACAACAUGAAUAAUGGAAGCACUGUGGUCCUCACGUUGCUUCGAGAAGAUGCCCGAGACACAAAUAAUCCCGAGGAUGAGCAGUUCCACGUCCUUCCACUACACCGGCUGGCAGACACUGAUGAAUUUGGCUCCCGGGAGGGGAUGGAGGAGAAGAUCCGCUCUGGGGCCGUCGAAAUCAUUAAGCCGAGCAGGAAGAGGCAACGGCGUUUCAACGAGCCUAUUCCUCGGUGUGGGAAGAGGCGGACCACAAUGAAGGAGCCGGACAAGAAACCAGCUGCUGCUGGCGUCAAAAAACAGAGGAACUCCUCCAGUUCAGACAACACUAAAAACUACUCAUCAGCCUCAUCCACUCCUCACCCGCUGAAGGAAGAAUCUACAGACGUCUGCCCCACCAAGGCUUCCUCCGUGAAAACAGCUACCUGUACGUACAUUAAAACAGCCUCAGGCGGGGCUCCGGAAAGCCGGAGCAUUCUCCACUGCACAAUGCCUUCUGGAACACACGGUGGUGCUAAUGCAGCUGCUGGGGAAUGCCCUGGGACCGUCCAGCCUGGUGAGGUGGCUCCUCUGCCUCACCCGUCUUUUCCCAGAGCAGAUUCCUCUGCCCUUGCUGAUCCGCUCACUAGUCUCUCUGAGCAGCUAACUUCUAAUCAGUCCCUCAGCUGUCCUCAGGACCCAGCUUCCUGUCAGGUGGAAAACAAGCAGCACUCUGACGCAGACGCUCGCUCCGAUGACCCGUCCUCCGACGAGGACGAUAACAACCCUCAGAUUGAUGAGUUUUGGUCGGACAGUGAGGAGGUCUAUUUUGAUCCUAGCUAUGGUGGCGUGGCAAUAGCCCCCAUUCAUGGCUCGGUGCUGAUUGAAUGUGCCCGGAGAGAGCUUCAUGCUACCACCUCUCUGAAACAUCCCCAGCGAAAUAGUCCUUUACGCGUCGCCCUUGUUUUCUACCAGCACAAGAGCCUGAAUAGGCCUAAACACGGUUUUGAUCUCAACCGGAUUAAGUAUGAAUCCAGAGACUUAAAAAGAAAAAAGUCCUUCGAUCGGGAGGGCCCCGAUUUAUUCCGAGAAGCCAAUUUACUGUGCAAAAUUCCUUCCCGUGUUGCACCAACCUUAACUCACGACAAUAUUGUCACUGUGUCCUCUUACGCUCUCACUCACGUUGCAGGACCCUACAAGGCUUGGGCCUGAAGGCUUUUCUCCCAUAAUGCCUUUGCUAGUGCAGUAUAGUCUCUACGGUGCUGUUCAAAAGAAAGUCUCAUUGUUGUUUACUGUAUAAUCAUUUCACCCAUUUCAGCUCGGAGGUAAAAUUAAAACGGGGGCGGGGGGGGUGCUCAACUGUGACUAUAUUUUGAGAAUUGGUGGAAGGUAUACAUUUUCAGCAAAAAUAGAAGUCUUAUAGUUUAAAUACGUAAAGAAAUAUCUUGGUUAGGUGUUGACCAUGAUAGAAUCAUAGUCUGGUGCUUCAAAAUAAGCUUGUUUACUAUGAAAAGGAUUUUAACAGGUUCCUGCAAUAAGAUGUAAAAACCAAGAUACGCAGUGUUAACUCUAUUCAGUUCCUGGUGCUUAACCACAUCAAUACGUGUAGUAGUGAGCUGAAUGAUUCAUGGUGCCGUCCCUCCAGCAGCUUCUGGUCAUUUGCUAUCGUGUCCGCACAUUUCUUUGAAAUAAACCAAUGAAAUGUUUUUUCUCUUCAUAUCUCUCCUGUAUAAAAUAAUUCUUUAUCCUAGUGAUGGUUGGAGGCUGUUCAUUAACUGUAAAUAUAUCUAUUUUGAAAAGCACUUUCUAUUUUUAAAAGUAACUUGAAAUAGUAUAGUAGCAGAAUCCUAUUGUCUAUUAUGUAUGCAUAUUUGCAUACCAGAGAAGUCUUUUAUUGUGUAGAGUUCCAUACUGUUAAGUGCAGCCUAUAUUCAAAUAAUCUAUGACCUACGUUCUCUACUUAUAAAAUAGAGGAUCUCCAAAAAAUUAAAAAGACAAAGUGCCACCAAUAUAAAUUUCCCCUUUUUAACUAGAAGGAAAAAUAAAAGUAUUCUGAAGUGUCUUCAUGAUUGAAGUGUGUGACCCAUGACAGAUGUUUUCAAAGGGAGAAGGGAAAAAUGGGGAUCAAUCAAAUGCUCCCAAUGUUCAACAUGAGAAAGUAGAUAGUUAAGUUUUUCCUUCCCAAACGAGAAGAAAACAUCCUGUAGGAAUAAUUGAGGGGAAAGUCUGUUAUCUUUGUUGCUUCUAAGCCAGUCACAUGGAACAAUUUGUACUGUAAGCCAAUUAAGAGCCUAACUAUUCAUUAAACUUAACCUUUUGGGUUUAGGUUACUGAUAAUUUAAUUGGCAACUCCAACUUCUUUAGUAAUCCCCUAUUUUGAAGGUCGUUCUGAUUAGUGUUCCAAGGUUCUUCUCACUGUUUAAAAAGACUUUAAAGAAGACUCCCCAAACAGAAAAACCUAGAACCAAGAGAACCUUGAGUGAAAUCCAAAUGCACAGGUGCUAUGACAUUCAAGGUAUUGGAUUCUUCGGAAGUACAGGAACCCUAAUGGUGCUUCUCAGUUUCCACAGGAAGCCCACGGCUACCAUCACAACCUUGGUGCAAAUGCAAACAGUUCCAGCAAAGCUCUAGAGAAUAACUUAUUAAAAUAAUAUAUGGUGCAAAAGUUCUGACUAAGGAAGAAGAAGGGAAUAGGAAGUGUCCAUUGACAUUCCAUUAUUUACAAGUAGAUUGUAUGCUCCUUGAAUAUAUAGAGUAGGGUAAUUUGUUGACCUGAUUUAGUGUUUUGUGUGCCUUAGAUUUUUGUUUAGAAACAUGUCUAUUUUAAGUCUAGGGUUUCUUCCAUGUGUAAGUAUAUAAAUGUGAUUGUUCAUUGCUUUGGUUGCUUCAGAAAGGUAUUUGUUAGUGCAUACCAUCAGGAAUACUCCCUGGUGAAGUGACCUUUGAGGAUUGGGCCUUGGCUCCCGCUAGACAUUGUUUCCUUGCCUGGCUCACUACUGGGUAAAAUCUCUCUCCUUCUGCCUUUAUUCAUCCAUUCAUCUAUCCAUUCCUCCGAUGCACACUUUGAAUCUUCUGGAUUCGAUUUGAUUUUGUUUUUUCUUUAAAUCGCUACCCAGGAUGCAAUCUUCUAAAGACUGCUUGGGAUUACUUUCUAAGGAAAUAGCAAAUUACCUUUUAAAAAGAUAUAUACAUUCAAACUAAUUUAUUUUUUAAU